AUGCCUCCAAAGCCUUCGGGAUUGCUCAAGAAAUCUGUGCCAUCCUUGAAAGACGUGAGGAAGAAAGCAUCGACCAAGCAACCUCUCCCUGUCUCAGAGCGCCUGAAGCGCCUGUUUAAUUCACUGUGUGCUCAGAUCGACGGCGGUCACUUCACGAAUGCAGUCAAGACAUGCGACAAGAUCCUUCGACUAGACCCGAAGGAUAAGGAUGCGCUGCAAGCCAAGCUCUUUCUUCUCUUGCAAAUUGAGCAAUACAGCGCUGCUCUGACUUUGUUGGACUCCCUUGGGUCAUCCUCCGAAGGUGCUUUUGAGAAGGCCUAUUCGCUAUAUCGCUUGCAACGCGAAUCGGAGGCAUCCCAGAUAUUAAAUGACAUCAAGCAGUCAAAUGUCGACGAUCGAGGAGUCUUGCAUCUGGAAGCUCAGCUGAGUUACCGUCAAGGAUCUUACCACGCCGCUUUCGACCUGUAUAACCAGCUUCUAGACACGGCCGAUCCGCAAACUGAGGAGCACUCCGAUAUCCUCACGAAUCUCCAAGCAUCCCAACGACAUCUAGAUUUUAUCAACACCGACUAUCUUCGCGUCCUUGACCAACUCCCGAUGUCCGUCACGAAUAGCCUUGAGACGUCCCAACCGCCGGUACACCCGACUACUUCAUUAUUGCCCUUGGCAAAUGCACCAUCUGCCGAAGAGAAGAUGACGAAACCGAAACUGAAGAAGGUGCGCACACGCCGUGUACCUGCCGGAGUUGUCCCCGGCGUUACGCCAGCUCCCGAUCCGGAACGUUGGUUGAAGAGGACGGAGCGAUCGACGUUCGUGCAGGCACGGAGCAAGAGAAGGGGUGGUGGGGGCGGAGGGGCCACGCAAGGCAUGGUAGAAAGCGGUGGUGCAAGUGGUGCCGGGGGACAAAGCAGAAGUGGCGGUGGAAACACAAAGGGAAAGAAGAAGAAGUAA